AUGAUGUCACGACGUGCGAUCCGGAUUGCUGUGAAUUCCAAGGUGUGGAAGCCGACAGAAGAAUGGACAUUGGCGGCACAGUGUGUUCAGAAAGAAGAGAAGGAGAGAAUUGGGAAAUUUGUCUUCAAGAAAGAUAGCAAGCCAUCGAUGCUUGGACGACUGUUGAUUCGGAGGGUGCUGGCAGACAUCACAGGGAGGGAUUUCAUCGACAUCAGACUAGAGAGAACGGAGAAGGGGAAACCAUUCCUUGAACCAACAGAAUCAGGGGAAGAUUUUCAUGGAAGUUUCAAUGUUGCCCAUCAUGGUGACUACGCUGUAUUAGCUGUCGACACUCACCUGGCUGUCGGAACAGAUGUCAUGAAAGUCGAACACAGAAAGGACAUGAGGAAGUUUUUCUCCACACUUCGUCGCCAGAUGACGGAGCAGGAAUGGGAGACAGUGGAGAGGCAGGAGGGUGAUGCUGGGAAGAUGACAAUGUUUUACAGAUUGUGGUGUCUGAAGGAGAGCUAUGUCAAGGCUAUUGGAAUAGGAAUGGGUUUUGAUGUCAGCAGACUGGACUUCCAUAUCCCUACAGAGAAGCUGUCAGUGAACCAGAUGGUCCGAGACACCUUUGUAUAUGUGGAUGGGAAGAAGCAAACUGAUUGGUUGUUUGAGGAAACCAUGUUGGAUGCAGAUCACUGUGUUGCUAUAGCGACCAGUAUAGGUGCUACUGAUGUAUGCAAGGAGUCUACAUGUUCCAGUUCGUUUGAUUUCUGGACUGCAGCAGACCUUUUGUCCCGGUGUCGCCCCCCUGGAGGGAAGUCAGCCAGACCCUGAGUACUGGGCGGUGUUUGAUGCAAGACAAGAGGCACCCAUGGCCCAGAGGUCAUGACGGUCAGCAGGGAGAUGUUAGCCCUGAACCAGGGGAGAUAACUGUUGGACAUGAUGUAUGUAGUGGUCAACUGUGUCUGUAGAAACGUUUGAUGAAUGAGUGAAGAAAAUAUUGAAAUCAUAUGUAGAUAUGUUUUCAUUGAGUUGGGUUGGAUAUCUGCUGAAAACAAUAUUAACCAAGAAUGGAAAAAAUGUA